AUGUUCAUUUUCAGUUGUUCGUUUGCUGUUUCUUCAAGAACGGACCGAAAGGUACUUUCAGAACGACGAUUUGGACUUCUAAGAAUGCAAGAGCCAAGUGCGGAAGGAAUUGUCUCUUUGGAACGGCGAGUUCAGUGGACUUCUAAGAAUACAAGAGAUACGGGAAGUGGAUCUCUAAAAAUGCAAGAUGGACGGGAAGGAACGGCCUUUUCUUUUGGAAUGGAACUGUCACCCGGACUUGAAUUUGUGAAAGGGAACUGGCAUUCGGACUUGGAAUUCUUUUGCGAAAGAAUAUCGGACCUUCAGCUUCAGACUUCGGACAUUAACUUCUCGGACUUUGGCGACGUUAGGAUCUUCUUUUGUCGGUCAGCAUCUUUGAAUGAAUUGCUGACUGGUAUUGAACUUUCCGAAUUCAGGACGAUAGUACCGGUAAACCAAGCUUCCCAGAUUCCGAACAGAUAUGGUAUGACACGUACAUGGGAUGUAUUUAAUUGUGGAAAACGUGUUGAAAUAUUUUGUUAUAAUUCAGAUGAUGGAAAACAAUUAGCAACUUCUACAUUAGAUAGUCAAAUUAUUUUUUGGGAUGUUGAAAAUGGUAUUCAAACUGGUACUAUUGAAGGUCGUAAAGAUAUUUCUGGAUCAGAAUCGUCUUUAAGAUUUGGGUUAGCUUUUCAAGCUUUUGUCUUCGAUUAUCAGUUCGGCUAUUGGCUCCUUGGGAAAGUGAAUAUAAUGAAGGAAAUGAAACAACAAGAUAAUGAAAGAAAUGUUCAAACCCCACUUCAAGAAUUUUCUCAAGAACCUUUUCAAGAAUCUCCUCAAGAAGAAUCCCCUCAGGAACCUUUUCAAGAAUUUCCUGAGCCUUUCCAAGAACCUCCUUAA